AUGUUCAUUCUAUGCUUGACUUUUAUGUUAAAAGCUAGUCAGUGUCUCGUGGUCGGCUUUUCGAUGUUUAGAAUAAAAGUGAACUUUACAUAGUAUUAAAGAAAAAAAGCAAAUAAAAUAUGGGUGCUCCAGAUACAACGACAACUACAAAAUUACCUUUAAAUGGCACUACUAACGAUUCGAUUGAUGAUUUUGGUCCAAAUUUGAAAAUUUUACCGACUAAUGACCAAGUUAAAGAACUACAAACAAUUUUACGCGAUAAAAACACUUCAAGAAGUGACUUCAAAUUUUAUGCAGAUCGUUUGAUAAGGCUUGUCAUAGAAGAAAGUUUAAAUCAAUUGCCAUUUACAAAAAUAGUCGUCACAACUCCAACUGGAGCGAGCUACAAAGGUUUAAAAUACCAAAAAGGCAAUUGUGGAGUGUCCAUAGUAAGAAGUGGAGAAGCUAUGGAACAAGGAUUGAGAGAUUGUUGUCGCAGUAUAAGAAUUGGCAAGAUUUUAGUGGAAAGUGAUUUAGAUACCCACGAGGCCAAAGUUGUUUACGCAAAAUUCCCUGACGAUAUUGCUGAUCGUAAGGUGUUGCUCAUGUAUCCUAUAAUGAGCACUGGAAAUACUGUGAUAAAAGCUAUAGCUGUUUUGAAGGAACAUCACGUUCUUGAAGAAAAUAUUAUUCUUUCAAAUUUAUUUUGUACUCCAGCAGCUGCCAAAACUCUAGUCACUGCCUUCCCUCAGAUGAAAAUUCUAACCUCGGAAAUCCACAAUGUUGCACCGAAUCAUUUUGGGCAAAAAUAUUUUGGUACGGACUGAAUUCAUAAAAUAUUUUUUAGAUGUAAUCAUAGAGAUAAUGUAAUAUUAAUCAUGUACUGAAAUCGCUAGACGACUAAAUGAUUGGGAAUAAGUUUUGUUUGUGAAAUACAAACUGUUGAAGGCUGUUUGUUAUAAAAAAUUAUUUUUCACAAUCAUGUUUUACUAAUAAAUGUAUUGAUCAUUGAUAAUAAUUGCACUCUACAAUAAGAGUCAUUUUUAACAUACGUUAAUUGAGUUUUUAACUAUUUCUAUUGACAAACUUAUUGAAGCUUUGUUUUGAAUAUUUUUUUUGAGUCUCUAUUUUAUUAAUUUUUUUUAAAGACAAAUAAUUUGUACAAAAAUUCCAUAAGAAAAUCAAGUAACUGUAUGGAAAUUUAUGAAAUACUUCUACUGUCGUUAGCGCACAGUUUAUAUAUGCAUAUGCCUUCACUAGUUUGUUACAAUUUAAUAAGCUGUAAGACUGCGAGCAAGUUUUGUGUCACACAAUAAUUUGCUAGAGGAAAAAAAACAAGAUUUUUACUAAUUUUUUGUGGUUGUAAAAAAUUGAUUCAACUUUCUUAUACAUAGUCCAGUCAAUAUGCUUUUUAAAAUGAAAGUCCGUUGAACAUGAACCAAUUUUGUUCAUUAGAUUGUUUUUAGCCAUGGCAGACAUCAGUAUGAACAACAUCAGUUAAUGUUCAACGGACUUUCAAAUUACGCUGUUUUUUAAAACAUGUUGACUGAACUAUAUACAUUGUACAGAUGGAUAAUAAAUACGAGCUCUGUUUGUAAUAAUUAUUCAAUAUUAUCAAAUAAGUUAUCAGUAAUACAGUUGUCCGUAUCGCAUAAAUUUUAUGCCAUAAAGUACUUCAAUAUGUAGUACUUGAUUAGGUCUACAUUAUUAUUAUUAUUAUUAUUAUUAUUAUUAUUAUUAUUAUUAAUAUGUAGCCGAAUUACUAUUAUUAUCGUGAUUACUCUCAAAAAAAUUGGCUAACAAGUUUUUCUAGUUCAGUAGAAGAAAAAUGGUAUUAUUUGCAAAUUUUUAAAUCAACUAUUGAUUAUUGAUUUUUAUUUUUACAUAUGCACGAUAUUUUAUCAAUUAUACUUAUUUGAAGAUGUGAUAAAAUUUUUGUUAAGGCUCUCAAUAUUAAAAUUAAAAACUAGACAAAAUUCUUCUGAUAUAAAUUGGAAAAUUUAUUGGCCACUUUAAUUCGAUAAUAAUUCUAUAACUAUGUAUGAUAGAGAAUCUCUAAGAAUUUUAAUUAAAACGGUAAAAUUCAAUAUGAUUCUAAAUAUAUAAAAUCAACAUGAUAAGAGACAAGCAUAAUGAUUAAUUAAUUUUAUAAAAAAGUCAGUAACUAUGCCAAUGUAAGAUUAAAAAAAAUUAAGUUACUUAAACUUAUGCAUAAAUUGGAUAUAUGUUAUAUCUUUAAUCUUGAAAUAAUAAUGGCAUAAUGUAUUUAAAACAUGGAUUAUUAAGUAUUGUUCUUUACCGAAAAAGAAAACAAAUGUAGAAAAGAAUAUUAGUUUUUUGAGUGGAGAGUUAUCAUCAUAUAUUUGAUAUUUAUUUUUUUCACAAAGAUUAAAAAAAUAUUUUUUUUCGGUAUUACGAAAACCAAUGUGAAUAAUAAGAUUAAAAAUUGUUUUGUUUAUUUAACAAUCUUGAUUUUUUAAAGAUUGAUUAGCGCAUUUAUUGUUUUUUUUCGAUAAUCAAUCUUUAUAUACUUAGAGAUGAUUGCAUAGAAAUUUUCAAUUAAAUUUUAGUCUAAUAUAUAAUUAACUUUUUUUUAAUUAGUCAACUGUGCAAAUUGUAUUUUUUAUCAUUAUAAUUAGACUAAGAUACUGUUGUAAUAUACAGGAUGAUAAUGAUGUUUAGAGGUGAAUAUUUGUUGAAAUUUUCGUAAAAUAUGUUUAAGAAUCAUGAGGUGCUUUAUUUGACAAAAAAUAAAAUAAAUUAAAACAAUUAUAAUGCAAAAUAA